CCCCGCGCCGCUUCCUUUUAUAUCGAUGCGGCACCGCCGCCCGCAGCCACAACCUGCGGCCGUGACGCCGCCGGCAGCCGGAGGGACGAGGCUGCGCCCCGUGCCCAGAUUGUGAGGACGAGCUGCUGCAUCAAUAAUCUGAAGAAGGGAGUUCUCUGUUAAGACUGCAAGAAGAUACUACUAACUGACUGGGGGCCAAGAACAGAGUGCAGCACUGGCUGUAGGUACCUUAACAUGGGGAACCUUCUAAAAGUUUUGACAUGCACAGACCUUGAGCAGGGGCCAAAUUUUUUCCUUGAUUUUGAAAAUGCCCAACCUACAGAAUCUGAAAAGGAAAUUUAUAAUCAGGUGAAUGUAGUGUUAAAGGAUGCAGAAGGAAUACUGGAAGACUUGCAGUCAUAUAGAGGAGCUGGCCAUGAAAUACGAGAGGCCAUACAGCAUCCAAAUGAUGAGAAGCUGCAGGAGAAGGCAUGGGGUGCAGUUGUUCCACUAGUAGGCAAACUAAAGAAAUUCUAUGAAUUUUCUCAAAGACUAGAGGCAGGACUGCGGGGCCUGCUGGGAGCCCUGACGAGCACUCCGUAUUCCCCAACACAGCACCUGGAGCGAGAGCAGGCUCUUGCUAAGCAGUUUGCAGAAAUUCUUCACUUCACACUCCGAUUUGAUGAGCUCAAGAUGACAAAUCCUGCUAUACAGAAUGACUUCAGCUACUAUAGAAGAACUCUGAGCCGUAUGAGGAUUAACAAUGUCCCAGCAGAGGGAGAAAAUGAAGUAAAUAAUGAGCUGGCAAACAGAAUGUCUUUAUUUUAUGCUGAAGCGACGCCAAUGUUGAAAACCUUAAGUGAUGCCACAACAAAGUUUGUGUCAGAGAAUAAAAAUUUACCAAUAGAGAACACAACAGACUGCUUAAGCACCAUGGCCAGUGUGUGCAGGGUCAUGCUGGAAACCCCUGAAUAUAGAAGCAGGUUUACAAAUGAGGAAACAGUAUCAUUCUGUCUGAGGGUAAUGGUGGGUGUCAUCAUACUCUAUGACCACGUGCAUCCAGUGGGCGCUUUUGCCAAAACUUCAAAAAUUGAUAUGAAAGGAUGCAUCAAAGUUCUUAAAGACCAGCCUCCUAACAGUGUAGAAGGCCUUCUAAAUGCUCUCAGGUACACAACAAAGCAUUUGAAUGAUGAGACUACCUCCAAGCAAAUUAAAUCCAUGUUGCAAUAACAAUUACCUGGAAUUCGCACCUGCUGUAGACAGUAUUCUGCAAUGAAUGAGAUGCACAGAUAUUAUUUUUUUUUUUAGUGAUUGCAACUACUAUCUCGUUCAUUCUUGCUUUUUAUUUUCUCUCUUCCUGUUUACUCUUUUUUUAAUCACUUUCUUGUACCUAAGUAAGCUCAGACUUCUUUUCUGUGCCAAAUCAAUAAAUAUUAUCAAUUCUGGAAAGUAUUUCUACUUUUCAGAAUAGCCAUCCUAAGUGGCAGCUAAUUAUGCGUUGCAUUUGGAUUUCUCUGUACUGGGGAAAGAUUUGUGACUUGAACUAAAUAUUUUUAAACUUGUGGUUUUUUUCUUUUUUUGAAAAACUAAUAUUUAAUAUUGCUUCUUCUGCAUGGCAAGACUGCCUACUUCUGCUAUUUAAAAAUCCCUUGAUGACUUCAUUUUCUAUUGCAGCUUAUUUUCAUGUGCAGCCAUGAGGAAACUAAAAGCAGAUUUGUUUAAAUUAACUGUGUUUGUACAAAAUGGUACCCAACACAAAAGUUUUUUUAAAUAAGUAAAAACUGUUUUGUUUAAAAGUUACGUUUGCAUUUUGACUCAUUUUUGUAAGGAUGUAUGUUGUAUGUUUAACCUUUAAUAACUAACGUUAAACUGUGGUGUGUGCGUAGCAAAUUACGUAUGCAUGUUCAUGUCAAAUGAUUGGCUGUGGAUAAGAUAAUAAAAUCAGCUUUCAUUUUUCUAAGUGUGGUUUGAUUUACCAGUAUUUUGAGUGAGAUGUCUUCGUGCUCUUUUGGAUUUUUACAAAAAAAUAAAUUUAUAAAUUUUAUAUAGUGAAAA